CAUAGAAUAAUCGGUGUCGACUGCGCACGCUCAACAAUUCAUUUUUGGGCACUCUAGAAAACACCAACCACCGGAAUGAGUGAACGAUUUGCCUACACUCCCAUCAUUUUAUGUCCAUUAUUUUAUUGCUUUGAGUAGAAUGAUUUUGCUUUUCUCCGCUGCAGCUUUUGCUUUGGAUGGCAUUCUAUCUCAAGAAAUGACGAGCCCCUCUUCUCUCACAGAAGCAUAGCAUUUCUCUGCAAGAGAGAGACAUACAAGCCCUAUGCAGGUGAGCAUUAGGCGAGCUAACUAUAGAAUGUCGCUUUGCAUUUCUUUAUUUAGUGUCUAGUGUUACUUGGAAAGUUAGGAUUUUUGUUGUUGUUGCAUCGAGCAAAUCGGACACACAAAGAAUACGAAGAAAAACGCAGCAAGAGUCGAGAAUCAUAAGAGGACCUCUCGCGCAAGCCUCAACAUCUCACCAAGUCUCACCCUCAUACCUCAGGAAAAAUGUCAUCUCAAACUAGAGUCAAGAAGGACAAGGAGAUCAUAGGAGAAUAUGAAACGCAAGUCAAAGAGAUCCGUAACCAGCUGGUGGAGCAGUUCAAAUGCCUGGAGCAGCAGUCCGAGUCUCGUAUCCAGCUGCUGCAGGACCUGCAGGACUUCUUCCGCCGCAAGGCUGAGAUCCAGCUGGAGUACUCCCGCAGCCUGGAGAAACUGGCCGAGCGAUUCUCCAACAAGAUCCGCAGCUCCAGAGAACACCACCAGUUCAAGAAGGACCAGCACCUGCUGUCCAGUGUGAACUGCUGGUACCUGGUACUGAACCAGACCAGGAGAGAGAGCAGGGACCACGCCACCCUCAAUGACAUCUAUACCAACAAUGUUAUCGUCCGCCUCGCCCAGAUCAGCGAGGACGUAAUCCGCCUCUUCAAGAAGAGUAAGGACAUUGGGAUUCAGAUGCAUGAGGAGCUGGUGAAAGUGACAAACGAACUCUACACUGUGAUGAAGACCUACCACAUGUACCACACAGAGAGCAUCAGCGCUGAGAGCAAGCUGAAGGACGCUGAGAAGCAGGAGGAGAAGCAGUUCAGUAAGUCUGCUGACCUCAACGUCCACCUGCUGCGCCACGAGGACCGACCCCAGAGACGCAGCUCCGUCAGGAAGAUCGAGAAGAUGAAGGAGAAGAGGCAAGCCAAGUACUCCGAAAACAAGCUGAAGUGCACUAAAGCCCGCAACGACUAUUUGUUGAACCUGGCAGCAACGAAUGCCGUUGUGGCGAAAUACUACAUCCACGAUGUCUCUGAUAUGAUUGAUUGCUGCGACCUGGGCUACCAUGCCAGCCUGGCACGUACCUUCAGGACCUACCUGUCAGCUGAGUACAACCUGGAGACUAGUCGCCACGAGGGCCUGGACAUCAUGGAGAACGCCGUGGACAACCUGGACUCCCGCAGCGACAAGCACAAGAUCAUGGACAUGCACAACCAGGUGUUCUGCCCUCCCAUGCGCUUCGAGUACCUGCCCCACAUGGGGGACGAGGUGUGUCAGGUGAGUGCCCAGCAGCCUGUGCAGACUGAGCUUCUGAUGCGCUACCACCAGCUGCAGUCCCGCCUGGCCACGCUCAAGAUCGAGAACGAGGAGGUGAGGAAGACACUGGACGCCACCAUGCAGACCAUGCAGGACAUGCUGACUGUGGAGGACUUUGAUGUGUCCGAUGCUUUCCAACAUAGCCGCUCCAAUGAGUCCAUGAAGUCUGUUGCCUCUGAGACCUACAUGAGCAAACUGAACGUGGCCAAGAGACGGGCCAACCAGCAGGAGACAGAGGUCUUCUACUUCACUAAAUUUAAGGAGUUCCUGAACGGCAGCAACCUCAUCAUUAAACUGCAGGCCAAGCAUGACCUCCUGAAGCAGACACUGGGAGAAGGAGAAAGGGCUGAAUGUGGGACUACGAGGCCCCCCACUCUACCCCCUAAACCACAGAAAAUGCGGAAGCCUAGGCCGCGCUCCAUCUAUAACCAUAAACUGUUUAACGGCAAUAUGGAGACCUUCAUCAAGGAUUCAGGUCAACCUAUUCCUCUUGUGGUUGAGAGCUGUAUUCGACACAUCAAUUUGUAUGGGCUCCAGCAGCAGGGCAUUUUCCGUGUGCCUGGAUCCCAGGUGGAGGUUAAUGAUAUUAAAAACUCAUUUGAGAGAGGCGAAGACCCAUUGAUUGAAGACCAGAAUGAACAUGACAUCAACUCAGUGGCAGGGGUCCUCAAGCUGUACUUCAGGGGCCUGGAGAACCCUCUGUUCCCCAAGGAACGCUUCCUGGAUCUCAUGUCUACUAUAAAGCUGGAGUCUGGAGCUGAGAGAGCGCAUCACGUCCAGCAGAUUGUUGUGACUCUUCCUCGCACCGUCAUCAUCGUCAUGAGAUACCUGUUCGCUUUCCUCAAUCAUCUAUCCCAGUACAGUGAUGAGAACAUGAUGGAUCCCUAUAACCUGGCCAUCUGCUUCGGCCCCACCCUGAUGCCCAUCCCCGACGGACAGGACCCUGUAGCCAUCCAGGCGCAUGUCAAUGAGGUCAUCAAGACCAUCAUCAUCCACAACGAGGUCAUCUUUCCCAGCCACCGUGAGCUGGACGGGCCAGUCUAUGAGAAGUGCAUGACUGGAGGAGAGGAGUACUGUGACAGCCCCCACAGUGAGCCAGGCACAAUCGAUGAGGCUGACAACGGGACUGAGCCACACACCAGUGAUGACGAGGUGGAGCAGAUUGAGGCCAUCGCUAAGUUUGACUAUGUGGGGCGCACCCCCCGGGAGCUAUCCUUUAAGAAGGGAGCGUCACUACUCCUGUAUCACCGCGCCUCCGAGGACUGGUGGGAGGGGCGUCACAACGGUGUGGACGGACUGAUCCCACACCAGUACAUUGUGGUGCAGGACCUGGAUGAUGCGUUCUCAGAUAAUCUCAGUCAGAAGGCGGACAGCGAGGCGAGCAGCGGACCACUGCUGGAUGACAAGGCCUCAUCCAAAAACGAUGUCCCAUCACCGUGUGAACACUCCCCCGACUGCAACUUUGGAGGAGUCAUGGGGAGGGUGAGGCUACGUUCUGACGGGGCCUCCAUCCCUCAGCGCCGCAGCGGAGAGACCCACAGCCCUCCCCGGGGCACAGACACACCCCCGCGGGCCGCAGCCUGUCCCAGUAGCCCCCACAAGAUGGCAGUGAGCAGGAGUCGCAUGGAGAGCCCGGAGAAGAGGCGCCUGGGGACAUUUGGCAGUGCGGGCAGCAUCAACUAUGCUGACAGGAAGGUCUACCCCGAGGGCCACCCCCUGAGACACGUACCAGGGGCCACACGCCACAGCAGCCUGGGGGACCACAAGUCACUGGAGGCUGAUGCCCUGGCAGAGGACAUAGAGAAGACCAUGACCACGGCCCUACAUGAGCUGCGUGAGCUGGAGCGCCAAAACAUGGGCAAGCAAGCACCAGACGUGGUGCUGGAUACCCUGGACACCACCAUGAAGAAGCCUGUGAACUCGGAGCCCGGCAGCCCCCUCCACACCAUCAUGAUCCGCGACCCGGACGCCGCCAUGCGCCGCAGCAGCAGCUCCACCUCUGAAAUGAUGUCCACCUUUAAACCUGCCUUGUCGGCACGUCUGGCCGGAGCCCAACUGCGCCCCCCGCCCAUGAGGCCCGUCCGCCCGCCCCCCACCGGGCACCGCUCCUCCAGCUCCAGUUCCUCCGGGGUAGGAAGCCCUGCUGUCACCCCCACUGAGAAGAUCUUCCCCAACAGCACUGCCGCGGCUAGCUCCGCAGCUAACGCAGCCGGGGACAAGUCAGGCACCAUGUAACUCUGAGGGAGACUCAGGGUUUUCAUGUUGCAACAGCUUGAAGGAGAGGAAAGCCCAAAGAAAUGCGAUGAUGUGUUGUCAAUAUGUUCUCAGAGAACAUGUGUGGAUUUUCCCUCUCCUUGUUUUGAGUUUCACUUUAUUUCUUGAAUUCAGAAAGCUCCUGGAGUGAGCCUGAGUUGCCAUAGUGAUGGCAGGUGGAGAGGCUGUAGGGGUUUGAUAGCAUAUUAACUCAACACUCUGAAGCUUGAUGUGAAAACGGACUUGAAAAUAAUGAAUAAAAUCACCUCAAAGUAAAAGUAAUUUUUUCGUUUUUACCUCAAAAUUAUGUCUGUGGCCAGGCCCCACUUUUUAGAGAUUCAUUGACUGCAAGACGUGAAGAAGUACUUGUAUAAUUUUGGCAUUGGUUUUCAUCCUGCACUGGUCCAGAUGAUGUCUGAUCCCUCCUUACUGGUGUGUAUGAGACUCUUCUCUCUGGACUGGACACUCAGUCUACCAGACUGCUUCUAAGAGACUGAAACCAAGAUGGCCAUCUGCCUUUUGGCUGUAAAUAGAGACUUACUUGAAGUUAUUAUGCCUUUUGUUUGUACUGUAGUAUAAGGGAUGUUCAGAAAAGUAACAACAUGUCAACAUUGUAUACGUAUAUGAGAUGCAGAAAACUGAACCAAUAUACCAACUAAUUGUAAGAAACUCAAAAUGUAGUUUAACUUGUAUAUAGUUAUUGAUUAGUAUGUAUUCUUUGUGUGUGUUAAUCUUGUACAGGCCAAGACGGAACAGGCAAGUAGAUGUGAAUGGCAUUGUCAAAAAACAAACACAAAUAGUCAACCAGCAAACAAAAAAAAAAGAUCAAAAGUUUUCUGCUUCCUUUGUUAUUUUCUUGCCUUUCUCACACACAUCACAGCGCUGACAGCUGUGUUUAGUGUAUGUGGACAUGUGGAUGUCAUCAUACCACACAUUGUAUUUAUGAGUUAGAACUACAUUUGCGCUUCUCUACUCAAAUGGAUCCUGAUUCUGUCUUCUGCCCACGGCAGUUCUGCAUGCACUGUAAAUAAGGCCAAGUCAGUCUCCAGUUGAGUUGAGUCUGCUUUUAUUCCAUUUGUAUUGUUGAAAUGCUUUAUCAUUCCUCAUAUACAUACUUCCAAGAUAUUAUUCAGAUUUAAGACAGUAAAAUGAGUGUAUUAUACCAUAGUUUGCCAUGGUAAGGUUUGAGCCCCCUUUUAUGAGUUUGUAAUACUGUGAGAAUACUGUUGACCAUGGCCCUUUACCUUUUAUGAGUUUGUAAUACUGUGAGAAUACUGUUGACCAUGGCCCUUUACCCCCCAGCCCCUCACUGUUCCAACAGCUCAACACAAGAGCCUGUCUUCUGCUGACACAGUAACCUAUGUGAAGUCAGUCCACAACUAGACACUAAUUUGUGUUCCUUAGACGCACCCGAUGUCAUACUAUACACACUUUGCCAUCUUUAAAGCAACCUCUUGCCUGUUCAAGUCUGAUUUAUGUAAUACUUUCUACGCACAAAAUAUGUUACAAAGUACUGUUACAAAAUUCCUUUUGAUCUGAAAUGUGAUACCUUACCUAGACAACUCCAGUGUUGCCUGAGAAGUUAACCGUACAUGUUGUGAUAUAAUAACAGCAGAACAGUGGUCUUACCUCUCCUCCCCUUGGUUCUAACAUCCUCACUGUCAUGUUCCAGUGUCUCAUCCCACUUCUUGUUUUCAGUCCUUUGUAGCGAGGAAAUAUAAGUGCGUACUGAAAGAGGUUGACACUGUAGGCCUAUACUGUAGCUGCCAUGUUAAAUUGUAGCUGGCCCAAGCCCGCUCCUGCCUCUGCUCAGUCCUAUAGUUGUGUGUUUGGACUGCCUUAUAUAGCGCAUGCCCUGCCCUGUCCUGCCCUGCCCUGCCCUGCCCUGUCCUGUCCUGUCCUGCCCUGCUCAGUCCUAUAGUUGUGUGUUUGGACUGCCUUAUAUAGCGCAUGCCCUGCCCUGCCCUGUCCUGCCCUGCCCUGCUCAGUCCUAUAGUUGUGUGUUUGGACUGCCUUAUAUAGCGCAUGCCCUGCCCUGCCCUGCCCUGCCCUGCCCUGCCCUGCCCUGCCCUGCCCUGCCCUGCCCUGCCCUGCCCUGCCCUGCCCUGCCCUGCUCUGCCCUGCCCUGCCCUGCCCUGCCCUGUCCUGCCCUGCCCUGCCCUGCUCAGUCCUAUAGUUGUGUGUUUGGACUGCCUUAUAUAGCGCAUGCCCUGCCCUGUCCUGUCCUGCCCUGCUCAGUCCUAUAGUUGUGUGUUUGGACUGCCUUAUAUAGCGCAUGCCCUGCCCUGCCCUGUCCUGCCCUGCCCUGCUCAGUCCUAUAGUUGUGUGUUUGGACUGCCUUAUAUAGCGCAUGCCCUGCCCUGCCCUGUCCUGUCCUGCUCAGUCCUAUAGUUGUGUGUUUGGACUGCCUUAUAUAGCGCAUGCCCUGCCCUGCCCUGUCCUGCCCUGCCCUGCUCAGUCCUAUAGUUGUGUGUUUGGACUGCCUUAUAUAGCGCAUGCCCUGCCCUGCCCUGUCCUGUCCUGCCCUGUUCAGUCCUAUAGUUGUGUGUUUGGACUGCCUUAUAUAGCGCAUGCCCUGCCCUGUCCUGCCCUGCCCUGCCCUGCCCUGUCCUGUCCUGCCCUGCUCAGUCCUAUAGUUGUGUGUUUGGACUGCCUUAUAUAGCGCAUGCCCUGCCCUGCCCUGCCCUGCCCUGUCCUGCCCUGUCCUGCCCUGCCCUGCCCUGCCCUGUCCUGCCCUGUCCUGUCCUGCCCUGCCCUGUCCUGCCCUGCCCUGCCCUGCCCUGCCCUGCUCAGUCCUAUAGUUGUGUGUUUGGACUGCCUUAUAUAGCGCAUGCCCUGCCCUGCCCUGUCCUGCCCUGCCCUGCCCUGCCCUGCCCUGCCCUGCUCAGUCCUAUAGUUGUGUGUUUGGACUGCCUUAUAUAGCGCAUGCCCUGCCCUGUCCUGCCCUGUCCUGCCCUGCCCUGCCCUGCCCUGUCCUGCCCUGCCCUGUCCUGCCCUGUCCUGCCCUGUCCUGCCCUGUCCUGUCCUGCCCUGUCCUGUCCUGCCCUGUCCUGUCCUGCCCUGCCCUGUCCUGCCCUGCCCUGCCCUGCCCUGCCCUGUCCUGUCCUGCCCUGCCCUGCCCUGCCCUGUCCUGCCCUGCCCUGCCCUGUCCUGCCCUGUCCUGCCCUGUCCUGCCCUGCCCUGUCCUGCCCUGUCCUGUCCUGCCCUGUCCUGCAUGUUUUAUGCUGUACCAUUUGACACAAACAAUGUGACAAUUGAACAAUGACUGUUUGCGGUGCCUUUCCUCUGUAAAACGCACAGUUGACUUGAUGUUUCGGCCUUUUGCUUUCAAGGGUUGGGCUAUACCCUAGUAGUUAACCAUUUUGGAAUAUGUGAAUACUUGUUGUCACUAACAUGUAGCAGUAACAUGUGGGCAAUGGAAGUGAAUUGGCAGCCAAGGUGGGACAAAAAGUCAAGGACAGAUAUAUCAACCUGAAUCUCAUGCUGUGAUUCCAAUAUCAAUCAUAUGUACAUUAUUCAGCCACUGUUAUGUGUGCAAAUCUUGAUUUCAUACACAUAGUUUCCUAUGAGAUACAUAUAUACUUUCACUGGAAAAAGUUGUCAUGAUCUCAUCUCAGUGAUUUGUUUGCCAUGUGCGUUUUGUUUACCACAAACAUUGCAGUCAAUUCUGUCCACCUCCAUCUGUUGACCCCUGCUGGGUAGAUUCUAGCCUACAUGCAGGGCACACAGAGACAUACAACAUAAGUUAUACACUUACACCCUCUGCUGGUCAUAUAUGGUAUUGCUUUAACUAGAAGUACUGUGGUUCUGGUCAGGUAUGAGUAAACAGAUGGCACUCUCCAUCAAUAGGAACUGUCACUGAUGACAACCAAAUCAUGUUUUUUUUUCAUCCCGUUGAACUACAAGAAUUACAUAACAUUUUUGUAUUAACCACAGUUCUCAUCGGUAUAACUGAAGAGUCCAUUUAAGUUCAUUUUUCUCAAACAUACAUAAGCUGUAUUUUCAAAGAUAAAGUAAAACACAUACUAAAUGUUGAUUUGCAAAUGUAAAAUGUAUAUAUUUGUUUAUUAGUAUUUUGUUUAUUUAUGUCUAAAAUGAGUAAGUGCCUUUUGUGCACAUCAUCAGUUUUUAUUGAACUUGUAUAAUGACCUUUUUUAACGAUAUAGUAAUUCAGUCAUGUUUGAUAUUCACUUUUAUCAUAUUUUCCCCUUUCCACACAUCAUUUCAUCUGAGGAAUAUCAAAAAAACAAGUGAUGUAAAUAUGUACUGUACACAUUGCUAUAGAGGAAUUACUAUGACCCCUUCAGAUGUCAUACUACCAGAACGACUGAAAUGUAGUAUUUACUUGUAUGAUUGAUUGUCUAAUAUGCUCUAGUUGAUUCCUGGAGGGGUAAGAGAUUUAUGAAGAAGACUUGGACUGCUGUACAUUUACUCAUUGAUGGCAUCGUUCAGUGAAAUCAUCUCUGAUUGAUCAUUUCAUCCUUUCUUUCUGUUUUCUGUCUGUGCUGUGGUUGAACCUUUACUUCUUCUACUCAUAUACUCAUCCUCCUCCUGCAAAGUGAACACACCAUUGCAGUGUUACUCCUCUACUUGCAUGGUUUAUAAGGCACAUGGUGAACUCUCUUCUUCUUUGAGCUGUAUAUGAUGUUCUGUUCAAGGAAGUGUUUUGAUUUCUGGAAUGUAUGCUAAACCUGGGUAAUGGAUGUUGUAUGUUGGCUAAUAACAAUGCUUAUGAAGUAACAUUCAGAGACCAAACUGGCUGAGUGCCUGUGGUGGGGAGUGUGAGUUGUCGUCAUAUUGUUUUCUCUCUCUCUCUCUCUCUCUCUCUCUCUCUCUCUCUCUCUCGUCUCUCUCAUCUCUCUCGUCUCUCUCUCUCUCUCUCUCUCUCUCUCUCUCGUCUCUCUCAUCUGUCUCAUCUGUCUCAUCUGUCUCUCUCUCUCUCUCUCUCUCUCUCUCAUCUCUCUCGUCUCUCUCUCUCAUGUCUCUCUCUCUCAUGUCUCCCUGUUCAUGAGUGCUGACUGGUUAAAUCCCUUGUAAUGUAAUGUACACCAUGCCACUGUUUGGAUGUUGAGAACCGUUAUGUCCAAAUAAAAAAACUAAUGUUGCUCUCUGA